AUGGCCAAACUCUCCAUCUCGCCGGCGACUCUCUCGCCCAUCCGAACAACGCUCUCAUCAACACCAUCAUAUUCACCAACUCGCCUGUCUCUCGGCCAAGUCCGAAACGCAACCUUCAUCCCCCGACCUCGACGACCAUACACAUUUACGCAGCUUGUUACUCUGUCGGACGGCUCCUCAUACACCAUGCGAACCACUUCACCGCUACCCAUUUACCGUGCCGCAAAGGAUACACGGAACACAUUGCUGUGGCAGCCAUCCGAGAGGUCGCUCAAGAACGUCGAGCUUGAUGAGGCUGGUAGAUUGGCUGCUUUCCGAGAGCGAUUCGGUCGUGCUUACGAUUCUGCUACUGCCAAGGAGGGCAAGGAGGGUGAGGAAGCUGCUGAGGAGGAGACCGACGGAGGCUAUGCGGAUCUUAUCACUGGAUAUGCGCCUUCACAAGAUGCGAAUACCAUGAGGGAUUCAGGACCCAAGAAGCAGGCCAAGAAGAGAAAGUAA